ACUGUAGAUCAUGCGCUUUCAAAAUGGCGUAAGUCAAUGUAAACAUUGAACGUACUUACUGAGACGGUGUUAAGAAUAAAGGCGAAGACGGCCGGCGAGGAGAAAUUAAUUUCACAAGAGAAGUGCAACGAUGAUAAUUCGAAAAAAAGUAUGGCCGCGGACCAUCAGCGAUUCGCUUUCGAUGGUCUUCGUGUUGGUCAUAGUACCUUUAAUGUACUGGUUCGGAUUGUGGAUAGUGUUGCCGGAAUUGUAUAAGAACGCGAGCCUAUUGUACAUGCUCCAUUUCGUCCUCGGCACUUUUAUUAUGAUGAAUAUCGUAGGUAAUUUCACAUAUACGGUGAUGUGCGAUACCAGCACAUUGCGGAGCGUAGUGCCGGUGAGCACGGCAAAGGCCGCGGAUGGAUGGAGGCUGUGCGCGACUUGCGAGAGCCUAUCGCCGCCGCGCUCGUGGCACUGCAACACCUGUGACACCUGCAUCCUCAAGCGGGAUCACCAUUGUGUGUUCACUGGAUGCUGCAUAGGCUACUACAAUCACCGAUACUUCUUCUUCUUCCUGUGGUAUCUGUUCCUCGGUGCGGCUUACGCUUUCUACUAUGGCAACUUCUUCAUCUGGGCCAGGAUACCGUUCGAGUUCCCGAUGUCCAUUAUCAAAAUAGUGUUUCCCUUGGCAAUGUUAUCUUUCGGCUUCGACAGUUCCAUGGAUCAGUUCUACUUGUUGCUGUAUGACGUGUCAGCAGUGGGCGCCUUAUAUACAGCAGUGUUGUGUAUUUAUCACCUUAAUUUGAUUCUCAGAGGUGUUGUGGCAAAUGAGAGCAACAAGAAAGAUUUUACAUACGAUAUGGGCUGGAAAGAUAAUAUCAGAGAAGUAUUUGGAGAACGAUGGUAUUUGACAUGGCUGCUUCCUUAUAUAAAGUCACAGUUACCUCACGAUGGAGUCUCAUGGCAUCACUUGUGUUCUAAAAACGAUUGAAUUGCUUCAACUGACAAUUAUAAAGCUGUGUGUUUCAAUGAAACAGGCCUACAAACAUUUCUUGUUUAAGUUGAAGAUAUAAAAAAAACUUAUGAUUAAAAAAAUACAGCCAAAGUGACUAAAAUUUUACAGUUACAAAGACUAUACUUUUUAAACCAAAGAUUAUUAAAUAAAAUCAUCAAUCUCAAAACGUUUUGAAGUGUAUCAUGUGCUAACAUAUCUCUCAUAACUAUUGUAUGUAAGGUUUAUAUCUAGAACAGACAGUAUUACAUUAUUUCAUUUGAUUCCACAUACAAAUCAUUAUGCAAUUCUUUGAAAUUAUACCUAAAGCCAUUUGAUAUUAAUUAAAUUGCCUCUUCUAUAUUCUAGAAGUAAUAUACUAGUUCUUUUUAUUAUUUAUCGUUGUUAUCUAAAAGAAAAACUUUUGUUAAUUGCUUUGAAUAUUUUGUGUAAAAGUAUUUUCUGAAGCAUGUUGAUUGUUACCAUUUUUAAACAAAGAACAUUUAAUUGUGUAUUAUAUUUUAUUCGCAAACUGUACAUAAGAAAUAGCUGUACAAUAUAUGACGGCUUAUAAUAUAACGAUCAGUAAAGAAGGAAUAAUUGUUUUUAAGAGCUUAUUUACAAAUCAAAUACUCUAUCCGUGGAAGAUAUAGCUAUAACAGAUCAUAAACCAUCUUUUGCACAGUCUAAACUAUUCUUAACACAAUCUUUCUGAUUAUUCAAAUGCCAUUUAUACGACAAGGACCAGAGAUUAGUUUCUACAAUUUGCAAUUUUGACUCCCUUAAUAUUUAUUUGAACAUCAACAAUUAUCAGUUGGUAUUUCUACUUAACACUUGUCGAUUCCUAUCUUAAGUAAUAUAAGAUUUUUUAUGAAAAGGUAU